AUGCAUAUCCUCAUCGCUGACUUCGACGAUACUAUUACCAAUAAAGACACCAUAGCGACGCUUGCGGAAUUGCCGUAUCUGUAUAAAUCCUUCUCAGUACCGUGGUCCCAUUUCGUCGACACCUACAAACAAGGCUUCGAUAAAUUCCCCACAUCAGAGCGCACUUUGCCGUUAUUAAGAACCGCGGAUAAAUUAAAGGGCUAUGAGACCAUCAACUCAGCCAACUACCAUAACAUAUUCGGCCCGGAACUUGCAUAUCAAAAAAGUUUGAGGCCAAUUGAAUUAAAUAGUAUCGGUGAGCUGGAGAGACAGCGCGCGUUUGCGGGUAUCCAACUCACUCAGAUUCAAGAGUUUGCUGAAUCCCGUACGUCUCUUUUACGAAAAGGCUUUCUCGAAGCGUGGAAAAACUGCUCUGAGCUUCAUAUCCUCUCUGUAAACUGGUGUCAACAGUUUAUCGAGUCGUUGUUGCUUGCAGCGGCGUCCAAGGCUUCAUUGGGGCCAUUUCCAGCAAUUCAAACCACAUGCAACAGCCUUUGUGUCCAAGAGGGCCUACUUACGGGCCAAUUCGCCAAAACCAUUGUCACCGGGUAUGACAAGGCAGAUAAACUUGGGCAAAUUUGUCGAACGUGCCAGCCGGACAGCACGCUCUGGUAUGUUGGGGACAGUGAAACUGACCUGCUUCCGAUAUUGUAUCCGAAUGUAAACGGGGUUUUAUUAUUGGAUCCGCACGAAAACUCGCAAAAGUUUUGGAAGAUCACCAACGUCUUGGGGUUGAGUACCAAGAAUUUGCAGGGAUACGCGGAUACACCAGGGGUCGAUACGCUACGGAUAGAUUGUAAACAAAAGGGAGCAUUGUACCUCGUCAAAAGCUGGAAAGCUUUCACGAAACUGCUUCGUUAA